AUGCUGCAGCUGUGCCCGUGCCGCGGCGCGCGCGGGCCGCUGGAGGCGGGCAGGCCCCAGAGGGGCCGGACGGCGGCCAGGAGGACCGGGCGACCUGGCAUUGAGGUAUUGGCACUGGAUGCUGCGCUGCCAUUUGACUAUGAGGGCAAGAUGCAGAAGCAGCUCUCUCGUGAAAGGCAGUUGAAGAUAGGAAUUGUUGGGUUUGGGAAAUUUGGUCAAUUCUUGGCAAAGAGGCUGGUGGAGCAUGGGCACCAGGUUCUAGCAACAUCGCGAACUCCGUACGUUGAUGAGGCAACAGAGCUUGGAGUUGAAUUCUUCACAGAUGCACACGACUUUUGUGAAUCCCAUCCUGAUGUUGUCAUUCUGGCCACGUCCAUCAUAUCACUCGAGUCCGUGCUCUUCUCCCUGCCCUUUCAGAGAUUAAAAAGGAGCACAUUGAUUGUGGACGUCUUAUCAGUUAAGGUGUUUCCGAAACAGUUGUUCAUGCGGACCCUGCCUCCAGAGCUGGACCUUCUGUGCACACAUCCCAUGUUUGGCCCUGACAGUGGUCAGGGCUCCUGGAAGGGUUUGAAUUUCAUGUACGAAUGUGUGCGUGUUGGGGACAGCCCUGAGAGGCAGCAUAGAGUGCAGAGAUUUCUGCAGUUUUUCAAGUUGGAGGGGUGCAAUAUGAUAGAAAUGACAUGCGAGGAGCAUGACAAGAAGGCAGCCAGCACACAGUUCAUAACGCACACAGUUGGCCGCGUGCUUGGAGCAAUGGACCUGGAGUCGACGAAUUUAGACACAAAGGGUUACCAGUCCCUGGUCAACCUUGUUAGCAACACCACCCAUGACUCGUUUGACCUGUACUAUGGGUUGUUCAUGUACAAUCAGAAUGCAACGGAGGAGCUAGACAGACUGGAACGAGCUUUUCAGGACGUGAAGAGCCAGCUGUUCGACCAGCUGCAUGGUGUGCUUCGCGAGCAGCUGUUCCACAUGAAGAAAGAUGCUGCACAGGGUGCAGUUGAAUCGGGACCAGAUGCGCUACCAACAGACAGGGAAUCAGAGGUUCCCAUGCAACAAUCUGAGAAUGGGCAUCGUCCGUUCAAUUCUGAAGGCACAAACUCAGAUGCCUCCUUGGAAGGGACAUCUGCCUGA